CCCCAAAAGAACAUCUCAGCCAUGAGCCGCAGAGUGGUGCGCCAGAGCAAGUUCCGGCAUGUCUUUGGACAGCCGGUCAAGGCGGACCAGAUGUAUGAAGACAUCCGAGUGUCCAAAGUGACGUGGGACAGCUCCUUCUGUGCCGUCAACCCCAAGUUCCUGGCCAUCAUUGUGGAGUCGGGAGGCGGGGGCGCCUUUAUGGUUAUUCCUCUAGUCAAGAGUGGACGUGUGGACAAGAACUUUCCCUUGGUGACCGGGCAUACGGCCCCCGUGCUGGACAUUGACUGGUGCCCCCACAACGACAAUGUCAUCGCGAGCGCUUCUGAGGACACGACGGUCAUGGUCUGGCAGAUCCCGGAUUACGUGCCGAUGCGCAACAUGACCGAGCCUAUCGUCACACUGGAAGGGCAUUCCAAGCGCGUGGGCAUCAUUACCUGGCACCCCACAGCACGCAACAUCCUACUCAGCGCAGGAGGGGACAAUGUGAUCAUCCUCUGGAACGUGGGUACCGGGGAGGCCCUCCUGACCCUGGACGACCUGCACACCGACCUCAUCUACAACAUCUGCUGGAACCGCAGCGGCAGCCUCUUCAUCACCACCUGCAAGGACAAACACCUGCGCAUCAUCGACCCCCGGCAGCACCUGGUGGUGGCCGAGAGGUUUGCUCCUCACGAAGGGAUGAGGCCCAUGCGGGCCGUCUUCACCCGCGAGGGACUUGUCUUCACCACCGGCUUCACUCGCAUGAGCCAGCGGGAGCUGGGCCUGUGGGAUCCGAAGAACUUCGAGGAACCCAUCGCCCUCCAGGAGAUGGACACCAGCAACGGGGUUCUCCUGCCCUUCUACGACCCCGAUUCCAGCAUAGUUUAUCUCUGCGGCAAGGGGGACAGCAGCAUUCGUUACUUUGAGAUCACGGAUGAAGCCCCCUACGUCCAUUACUUGAGCACCUACAGCAGCAAAGAACCCCAGCGAGGCAUGGGCUUUAUGCCCAAGAGGGGGCUGGAUGUCAGCAAGUGCGAAAUUGCAAGGUUUUACAAGCUGCACGAACGCAAAUGUGAGCCCAUUGUUAUGACCGUGCCACGGAAGUCCGACCUCUUCCAAGAUGACCUGUAUCCCGACACACCAGGUCCGGAGCCAGCGCUAGAGGCAGAUGAAUGGAUGUCCGGCAAGGACGCGGAGCCCAUCCUGAUCUCGCUGCGUGACGGCUACGUCCCGGUCAAAAACCGGGAGCUCAAAGUCACCAAAAAAAAUAUCCUAGAUAGUAGACCCCCCACAGGGCCACGCCGGAGCCAGUCGACUUGUGACUCCAAUUUUUCGCACGCUGCCCUGGAGGAGCUGCUGGAGGAAAUCCGCACCUUGCGGCAAACGGUCCAGACGCACGAGAAGCGAAUCUCCGACCUGGAAGACAAACUGUGCCAGUUCACAAACGGAACAGACUAGAGUCCUCCUGCGGCGCAUGGCGCACACCCCCUCUGGAGAC